GAAUUGGCAAAAGAUACCCUCAAUUUCUUAAUCAAUCUUGCUAACUGGUCCAUUUUCGCCUAGAGGUACCGGCUACGACCACUCGUUACUGUUGCACUGAUAGCUAGAGCCGUAGUCGGGACUGAGGAAAAAUAGAAAUAUCGGGGGAUGCGCCACACCAGCAUCGUCUAGGAUACGGGGAAGAUAUUUCAAGUCCAUGAGAACGCUACGAUAGAAGCAGUUCUAACUACCUCUAGCAUAUUAUUCAUCAGAAAGCCAUCUUCCCUAUAUCAGUUCCUCCACCAACUCAACUAAUGGACUUUUUAAAGAGAUUUUCAGGCUCCCUGAGCAGCUCACCUGCUCCGGUUACCAUUCUCCCGCUGUAUCUCAAGCCAGCCCAGCUGUACUUAUCAGCAUGUCUUAGCAUACAGAGUUCCAAUCCAACCGUUUCAUACUUUUGUGGAAUGUACACUAUCCAAAUUAUCCUUGAGAUCAUUGGCCCGGAAUCCCGAUCCGGCACCCUCUCAGAAACCCAGUCAAGGGAAGCCGAAGUCGUUACAUCUGAUCUCAUAUCGUACUUGGAAUCGUUUAAGCGGAAAGUGUUGGCGAAGAACGUGAGAUACAACUUGUUGGUAAACGAUGAUAAAGAGUAUGAAAAUCGGGACAUCUCGGAGGAAGUAGGCUCUGAUACAGGCUCCCCUUCACGGAAGUAUCUUGCAGAUUUUACUCAUGAGUUGCUUACCAAGAGUGUUAAGGAUAUGAUUCAAGGUGAGACUACCCAUAUAACCCUUGAGCGUUUACUCGAGACCGCUCUGGUGUAUAGAGUUCUUAGCGGAUUCUACCCAGAUGUAGACGAUGUGCCCCCGUUGCCGAAAGACAAGGAAGAAUGUGACAAUGAGGUUGAAAUGGUUGAGAUGAAAGUAAUAGGUGAAAGUCCCGGUCCAGCCUUGGAAUUGUUCAAUAAAGAUGUCGCUAAACUCAGUGAUGAGAUUGACAGUAAUAUUGAUACUCUUGGGUCGAUUAAUGGUCUUAAGGAAAGCCCAGAAUUGAAUGAAAUUCAACCAAUUAUCACCAAGAAUCCCGACAUGGACCAAGGUUUGAAUGGAGAGCCCACCGAAGAGGCUGAUUUAAGACAAACUACCAUGGAAGAAGAGACUGGCGGAUCAACUGGGAAUACCCCAGUCUCAAAUGUGGCAUCUAGCGAGGAAGCCGAAAAUUAUGGUUCGGAGGAUGCCAUAUCAGAGAACGAUUCUAAGAAUACAGAUGAUCUCUCGUUUGAUCGUUUGAAAAAGCAAUUCCUAGUUGAGGCAUCUAUUGUCGACGACGAUGCGAUAUUGUCCACACUAUCUGAUUUAAAGUCUCCAGGCACGAUCACCACGUUAAUUGAAGAGUCAAAUGCGCUUGAGCAAACGAUUAACCAGGAGCUAUCCGAUGCCAACAACCUUAAGGUGAAGAGCCUCGAGGAGCUAACCGCUUUGACAUUCAAAUAUGACGAUUUGCUUCAACACUCGAAUCCCGAGGACUCCUUGACUCGGGCAGAAAUUGAUAAAAGAAUCAAGUAUUGCAUGGUUCACGCUCUGAGAAUAUGGAAAAGCAUAAAGAUAGGAACAGACCCAAACGAAAGUUUUGAGAUCUCAGCACCUUCUGGGGAACAAGGACUACAAGCCGACGGGACUGAAUUCAGUGAUUCCGAGAUCCAGCGCAUGAUUAACCUUGCAAUUCAGGAACCAGAUAGCGAUAGCUCGGAGGAUGAAUCUAUCGGUGGAAUGGGGGCUAUUUUCCCGGCCAUACCAUCCCACAAUCCUACACCGAACAACCAUUCCCAAUAUGGUAUCUCAAGUGACGAGGAGGAGGGUACAGCUACGCUCCCAGCAGUUCAGAGACACUCUCCACACCUAGAAGAGUCACGGGAGCCCCCGGUUCCUGUUGACCCCACCACGAUUAUCCAAGACGGCAAGUUGAUCGAAGAGGCACAAAAAUGGGCGAGGUACGCCAUAUCAGCGUUAAACUACGAAGAUGUGGAUACCGCUGAGCAGCAACUAGUAAAGGCAUUGGAGGCAGUCCAAAGGUUGAAGGAUAGAAGGUGAAGUUGCACAAAAAGGGGAGGGGUCUAAAAUAGAUUGGACGGGAACGGCGUUAGCAAUGUUAUAUGUUAAAUCAACUGGAUGCAUAUUCCAGCUAACUGACCAGUAAUAUACUAGUUAUAAAACCACGGGCUUAUUUACGGGAGAGAGAUCUGGUUCGGCGUUUGACUUUAGGGGUAUAGAAUGCGGGUUACCAGCGGUUUAUCAAUAUGGAGAUGUGCAUCCAUCGCCCCUGGUAUGCCACGCCUAAAUAACCUUGAUACACAGCACUGGCAUACAAACCGUCCCGCAAGGCCCAGGUCCUAGGAUGGGGUUUCAAGCGUUGGUUAAGGGUCUAGUUUUUGCAUGACGAUAGAGUUCUAACUUAGCUUAAAUUUAAGGUUUUGCAGCAAACCGGAAUCGAGUUUCAAG